AUGCCCGACAUGCCCACUGUGUUUCAUCAGUCGGCCUCUUCUCCCAAGCUCGACCUCUCGAGCGCGUCCUCUCAGGUAUUUCAUGCCCCGUCCUCGGGCUCCGCAUCCUCCUCUCUGUACUCGCUCUCUCUCAGUCGCAAGCGACCGCAACGCGACACCGAGAAACUCUCAUCGUAUUUUGAACCUCCGUCCGAAUUUUCCUCCCCACUCCUCCACACCGACUACCAAGCCAACAAUGAGUUGCAAGGCUCACCAGAGCUCGACUGUCGCCCAAACCGAUAUCGCGAGUCUUUCUUGCCGCACACUCUUGAUGCAAGCAUGGAGUCCGCAGCUCAGGCCGAGUCAGCCGGAGCGAGCCGCAAACGCAGCCGACGCGACUCGGGUGUCGCGUCUCCAAGCGCCGAUGGCUGCUCUCCUGCACCCCAGGCGGGCUGGGGACGAUCUGUGAUCAAGGUAGUUGGGAAAGUUUUGGACUUUUGCUGGACAGGCGCAUUCCGUGGGUUCCACGCAGGAGGAGGUCAAGGCUACGAUAUGAGCACCACACACCCCAAUCCCGGGCAGUCUGCAUCGAGUCCCGCCGAGAAGAAUAUGUUCAGCACGGGGCAUCCAACGCCGAUCCCGGGCCAAUACCCCGAAGACGACAUUGAGCGAAACUGGAUCGUCGUUCCAAACAACCCCAACGACCCCUUUGUGGGCAGCAGCGACGUCGCCAGUCCAUCGCUUCGAGCACCAAAAACUCACCAGGCUUCCAGUCCCCGCCGACGGCCAACGGUGAUGCCUCGGCUGGGUAAGAGGACGAGGCUGUCUGUGCGACCAUCCACCCCGACCAAGAAUGCGCGUAACCCGGGUGUGCCAUCACCUCGGUCUACGGAUGGCCCAGGAUCAGCCGAGAUGCAACGACAGGCGGCCAAGAUACGCCGCCAGGAACGAGAAGAAGACGCCAGUAUCCGUCGGUUGAACAAGCAGCUGCAAGCGAUGAUUCGGGAGGGCAAGGAGGCAUUAGGGACCACAGUGGAAGUGGAUGAUUUGGAUAUGGGAGACUACUGA